AUACGUAUAUACGCAUAUACUGCUAUACAUACACAUGUGAGCUCCAAUGACCAGAUCUGUUCGAUAACAUAAAAACACUUUGCCAGAUUUUGGGCAUUGAUAACAACCUAACAAUCCUGUUUACUGGAUGUACAAUAAAAUAGUACACACAUACAACCAAAAACUACAAAAUGGCAGUCUCAGUCCGGUUUUUAUUACUCGUAAUUUUCGUCAGAGCAAUUGCCGGAUUGAAAGAUGCUUUCGUUCAUACGGUAGAUUCUUUAAUUGGCGAAAAUGUUUACCUGCCAUGUAAUGUUACAACCAAUGAUGGAGAUGAGGCAGUCUUAAUUUUGUGGUACCGUGAUGAUAAGGGAACACCAAUUUACAGUGUGGAUAUGCGUGCUGGAACAUCAAAAGCUCCAAAAAGAUGGUCUGAUGACGUUGUCUUUGGAGAAAGAGCUUUUUUUGGUUUUGAAAAUGAGCCUGGAAAACUCUCCAUUGAGAAAGUCCAUGCAAACGACUCUGGAGUGUACAGGUGCCGCGUGGAUUUCUUAAAGGCGCAAACAUAUAAUACCCGGAUAAUGCUAAAUGUCAUUACUCCUCCCAAGCAAGUUGUUAUUCGAGAUGGUGCAAAUGUGGAGCGUUCAACAGUGGUUGGUCCAUACAGCGAAGGUGACGUUGUAGCGUUGAAAUGCCAAGUUCUUGGAGGCUACCCAACACCGUCAAUAACUUGGUAUCGAGAUGGAGCAGAAAUUCCGAGUGACACUACCUACUUGUCGGAAGGAAAAGUUCUGCAAAGUGAAAUUUUACUCGGUCCACUUGGCAGAAGCGACUUAAAUUCCAGACUUGUUUGCAGAGCCUUAAACCAUCCCAGAGCUUCUGUUGUAGAGGCAGUUGUUCAAAUCGACAUGAAUUUUGCACCUUUGAAUAUAAGACUGCUGGGAGCUUAUCAGCCCUUAUCAGCUGGACGAAGAUAUGAUCUCUUGUGCCAAAGUGCUGGAUCCAGGCCGCCUGCUGUAAUCACUUGGUGGCAAAAUGGCGUUAGACUGGAAAAGACCACCGAAACUACUUCGAGUGACGGAAAUCAGACAACCAGUACACUUUCAAUAAAUCUGAGCAAAAGCGAUUCAGGAAAGUUUUUAUCAUGCAAAGCUUAUAAUCAUGCUAUUCAGUCUGAUCCCCUUGAAGAUGGCUGGAAAUUGGAUAUUCAAUAUAUCCCUGAAGUAUUCGUUCGCUUAGGAACAUCUCUAAAUGCCAAUGCAUUGCGUGAAGGAACUGAUGUCUACUUUGACUGUUUUGUUGUUGCUCACCCUCAGGUGUUUAGGAUUGAAUGGAGACACAACGAUCAACCAUUAUUACAUAAUAUAUCGCAAGGAGUUAUAAUAAGUAACCAUUCUUUGGUUUUACAAGGAGUUACAAAGGUCACCGCUGGUAAUUAUACAUGUGUGGGUUUUAAUGCAGAAGGCGAAGGUAUCAGUGAACCAUUCAACUUGAAUAUCUUAUAUGCUCCCACGUGUGCUCAGAACCAGCCAAAAAUUUAUGGUGUUGCAAAACAGGAAGAUGCCCAUGUGAAGUGUAUUGUUGAUGCAAAUCCUUUUGACGUUGACUUUAGUUGGACCUUUAACAAUUCCGCGGAAAGCAUUGAUGUAGCAACAAAUCACAUUUCUCGUUUGGGAACGACAUCUGUGUUAACGUAUACUCCAGUCACUGAACUGGACUAUGGGACGCUCCUGUGUGUGGCAACUAAUAAGAUUGGCAGACAACGAACUCCAUGCGUAUUUCACAUCAUCGCAGCAGGACGUCCAGAUCAAGUACACAAUUGCACACUGCUAAAUAUUUCGAUGACAUCCCUAACGGCAACUUGUAGCGAUGCUUUCAACGGUGGUUUGCCACAACUCUUCAUUCUGGAGCUUCACGAAGCAAAUAGCAAAGAAAUAAAAGCAAAUAUUACAUCCUCCGUGCCGAGGUUUACAGUUUCGGGGCUUGUGCCCGGCAACAUGUAUAUAUUAUCAAUAUUUGCAUACAAUUCUAAAGGUCGAUCGGAUCCCACAAUAGUUAAUGCCGCAACGAUGCGAAUGCCUGAGAAGCAACUAACAUUCGAACAAACCCAUAAACCGCGAGCAGAACUACUAUUCUCACCUAUGGUAUCUUUAACUAUUGGAUUAGCUUUGGCAAUGAUUAUAGCAACAUUUGCCAUAGUACUCGCUCUUCGAAUUCCUUGCACAGCUUCUUCAAAAAGGCGACAAAAAGUGGUCACUAACGGUAAUGAUUCGAGAGAUGUGUCUCCUGGUCCGAGCGAUCAAAGUGCUAGUAAGGAUGUGGACGAAAAUGACGAAAGAAACCCGGAUGUGGUCCCCGAAAUUAUUGAUUUCGAUGAUCAAAGAGAAUCGGCCCGAAAAACACAGCAUAUAUCGACCAUUGAUACUACGACCUGCAACCCUCGAAGAAGUAUUUUGGUUAAUGCACCUCUGGGACAGAGCUUGGACACAGCAGAUAGGGCGUUCUGUGCAGCUCAUAGCAUUGGUUAUUGCACUUUGCGAUUUGGAAGGCAGGUCCAAAACAAAAGACCGAUUGGAACACUGCCAAUGAAUGUGACUCCACAUGUUUAUUCAAAUGCGAUUGCCCAAUGCACUCUUCCACGCCAGUCGUACCAAAAUGAGUGGCCUCGAUACGCAAGCAACGUUCCCGAAGCAAGCCAUGCCGGAUUAAAUUCGACAUUUCAUCAAAUAUCAACGCCAGCUGAAAAGUGCGAUUCACAUUUAACUCGAGACACUACGGAAGACUAUGCCAGCUCGUCGUCAUCUGCAUCGAAUAGUUCAAUGGUUUCAGCGCCCAACACCUUUGCUCAAUCUCGCGGUCGAACUAUAGCAUUACACCACAUGAACCAGGUGCAAUCUGGCCGGGUAUGUGUCGAAGCAGCCAGCAACGUGAUCAGCUCUGUUGAACAAACCCAAUCAGACGAUGAGGCUACCGUCCAAACUCCUUUAAUGAUAAAGCGCGAUAGCUCCGUAUGACUAUAGAAUUGCCACGGGACUUACAAUUCGGUCCUGUGAUGUUAAAAACUAAUUAUGUAAUUUUAUUAGAAAUAAUACAUUAAUAGGAAUAUACGUACAUUUUAUAUCAAGAAACUUUAUAAUACAAUUUUAAGAAUAUUUCAACCGCCAAAAUAUCCCUAAGAGAGUAUUAACAAUUUUCUAUUUGUAUUUUCUUAAGCAAUGAAAGCAAUCGUAUCAAUUACAAAUAUACGAAAUUUUCGUUCCUUAUCUGUUUUAACAGAAAACAAUAUGCCAAAUUUUUACAAUUGCUUAAAACAUUUUUGUUGACCGUUUAUUUAACUGAAACAUUAAAUAAA